GCUGACACCUCUGCAGUUUCUGCCUUUACCGUAUUCAAGUGCCGUUGCACUAUUGCUCCAUGCUACGCGAAAAACACGAACCAUUUACGUGAACAUGACUGGUACGGCUCUUCCCGGCAUCCUUCUCUCCUCGCUGUAGUCUAGUUAGCGACAAAACGAGGGCAUGCGACGCAUCAAGAAAGAGAAAGACAAAAAAUGACAGGAUUGCGCAAUGGACCCCAUGGUGCGCCUCGAGGCGAGUGCGGGAGGCGGGAAUCAGAAAGUCGGGCAGCGGCGUGUUUUGACCGCUAUUUUCCUCUUGUUUUCCGCAUGUUACUUGACCUGCAGGCCGGACAAGUCGCGUGACGUGAGCAAACGGUUUACAUUGGGCGGUGGAACAGAACACAUGAGUAGGAAAAAAACGUGGUUUGUGAGGCUUGCCAGAUUACUUUUUGCUUGGUACCCCGCUGACGUUGAUAAGCGUCAGAGGCGCUAACAAGGCGAUAUGCAGGGUA